AAGGCCUCUUGAGCCCUAACCUUUUUAUCACCGGCAACGACCCAGAAGAGAGCGUUUUACGCAUUCGAGCACCGAAAAGCAAAGAGAGAGCUGAAAUGGCGUCGUUCGAUCAAGCUCCUGCCGGCGAUCCGAAGGUCGGAGAGAAGAUCUUCAAGAUCAAAUGUGCCCAGUGCCACACCGUCGAGAAAGGUGCCGGUCACAAGCAAGGACCCAAUCUAAAUGGCCUUCUUGGAAGGCAGUCAGGUACUACUCCAGGGUACUCCUACUCUGCUGCAAACAAGAAUAUGGCUGUCAUUUGGGAGGAGAAAACAUUGUAUGACUAUCUCCUCAACCCCAAGAAGUACAUCCCUGGAACAAAGAUGGUAUUCCCUGGACUGAAGAAGCCGCAGGAGCGUGCUGAUCUCAUUGCAUACUUGAAGGAAGCCACCUCAUCUUAAAGGCCCAUGCGCACUUAUAGACCCCUAUUCCAUUUUUCACCAAUUGGAGAUUGUUUUUCACAGAAUGGAUAAAAUAAAUUAGACCAUGUAGGUCAGUGAUGCUCUUUGUAAAAUGAGUAUUGCUAGGAAUUAUUUAUUCCGAAAUGGUUGCGGUCAAUGGCGGACGUUAGCCUUUUUUGACGAACUGGAUAUCUAAAGUUUAUGAAUUUCCGGUGAAUGACUAGUUUGCAAAUGAUAAGUUUUUGCCAGACUAUACAGUAUUGACUUCUAUUUUAUUGUUUCAUUUACGGAUGGCUCUGAUCCUUUUUGAAGAAUGGUUCCAGGCAAUUCCAACCACAUGCCAGAUCUUUUCCUAAAAAUGUAAGCAUCAUUGGCUUGUAAGAAAUAUUAAUUUUUCAGACGACACAAGAUUCACUGCUGCAGAAUAAUCAUUUCAAGUAAAUGUAGAGCUUGCUU